AUGGAUAAGAGACGGCGUUCGGAUGCAUGCGUUCAGCAAUCGGUGAUAAUCGAGAACAAGAGUGAAACGACGAUAUCUUUCGUUGAGGGGUCUGCAGGUGCCUAUCUGGGCCAUGUGACCGUUCAUUACAAUCCGGAACAACCGAGCGUUGUCGCGCAAAGUCAACAUUUGUACUACGCGUUGUUGGUAACCGAUGAUGCUAGUCCUAGCAUCGAGAAAUGUACAUUCUCUUCGUGUAGUGCCGGUGAGUUGGUUGAUUCAUCAAGAAUUUGA